AUGCCUGCUCGGCCUCGCAAUACCGCCGCUGCGGGCAGUACGCAGCAGGACCACCGCUAUGAAAUUCCCGGCCUUCACUUCGACGAUACUCUGACAUGGCGUGCCGGCAAACCAAUCCCUGUCGCAGACUUGCUAGCACGACUACAGAAGCUGGCUGCGGAGUUGCGCAAGUAUGAUCUUGAUCAGGUCGACUCGCGCGCUUUCACUACACUCGCCCAAGACCUCGCGAAUGCCAACCUCCUCGGCCACAAGGAUAAAGGCGUGAGAGCAUGGACUGUUUCGUGUAUCGUGGAUGUCUUGAAGAUCUGUGCGCCCGAUGCGCCUUUCAUCGAAGGCCAACUCAAGGACAUAUUCACAGUGGUCAUCAAUUCAAUACUACCUGCACUUGCCGAUCCAACCAAUGCUUACAACGCUCAGCACGUCUAUAUCCUCAGUUCGCUCUCCGACUCCCAAAGUAUCUUGCUCGUUACAGACAUCCCUAAUCAUGACAACCUCAUCGUCUCCCUCUUCACUACGGCAUUCGAUAUUGUGUCAGGAUCUAGCAAAGGUGUUUCGGGCGUGGAGAUAUCAAAGAGCGUGGAAUAUCACCUAAAGAAUUUGCUAGUUGCAGUUGUGGACGAAGUGACACUGCCUCAGGAUGUUACCGAUGUCAUCAUCUCCCAGUUCUUGCGCGUCGACACCGGCGACAGUCAGGAUGUCAGCCAGAAAGGUAAGAAGCGGGGCGCACAAGACACCAAACAGGCCACCCUGCUGGUGAAGGACUAUCCUCCCGCAUAUAACAUGGCCAAAGCACUCUGUACCAGCUGUCCUGAGAAGAUGACCACUCAGAUCACGCAAUAUUUUGGGACAGUGAUUGUCGAUGCUUCCACCGCCACUAACACGAAUGGGUUUUCCAAGUCGAAACACCGACGAUUGUCAGAGAUCGACGAUUCCGACGACAACAACGAAGGCUUUGGAGACUUGCGCAAAGCGCAUCGCCUGUUGAGAGAAUUGUGGCGAGCCUGUCCGGACGUCCUCCUGAAUGUGAUCCCACAGAUCGAAGCAGAAUUCAAUUCGGACUCUCCGGCGCUCCGCGAACUGGCCACUGAAACCAUUGGUGAUAUUACAGCCGGUAUAGGAAUCGCCGGUCUAGCCACGUCAGUGCCGCUCGAUCCAGCCGCAUUCCCUUUGCCAUCGAUCGAACGCCCAGACCCUGACCCUCAAGUUGCCAAUCCGAUCCUACUACCAGCAUCACCGAAGCCCUUUGCUACCGUACAUACGUCCGCGUAUCAGGCCUUCUACGGACGUCGCAUUGAUAAGUCACCCAAAGUCCGUCAGGCAUGGGCUAUUGCAGCUGCUCGUAUCCUUAUGACCUCCGCUGGCGGGAUUGGUUUGAGCGACGAAGAACUCCAGGCCUUGCUGCUCGCAUUCGCCCAACUCCUACAUGACCAAGAAGAACAUGUUCGGCUGGCCGCAAUCCGAGCAAUCAGCACGUUCAAUUAUCAUGCCCUGAUCAACACUCUAGGAGCUGAUGGUGGCCUUAACAAACAAGGCACCGUUUUUACCAUUCUGGCCGAACGAGUGACCGACCGGAAGCACACUGUGAGAGAACAAGCCAUUGAACUUCUUGCUCGAAUAUGGGGGGUAGCAUCUCAUGACAUUGAGGAGGGUGUCUCGGUCGUGAAAGAAGCGGUCGGCGACAUUGCAAAUCGCUUAUUGCGGGCAUUUUAUACGAACGAUGCCCAUGUACAUACUUUCAUCGACAGAGCCCUCUACGAUAGCUUACUGCCGUUAUCCUUCCCUCCCAUCAAGGCUCAUAAAUCAGACGGCCAGAAGCAACGUGCCAGUCAGAAAGAGAUCGUUUCGCAAGCUACGCCACCUGUCGACCCGGAUGCCAUCCGAGCACGUCGCAUUUUGACAUUGGUACAUUCAUUGGAACCCAAGUCGAGGGCAGUGUUCUUCAGCCUUCAAAAUCGCCAGGUGCAGCUAAGUAAAGGAAUGGUUGUUUUUGUCCAAGCUUGCGAAGACUAUAAUGGCGGAAUUGUUGACGAUGAUGGGUUUGAAGCACAGAUCAAAGAUCGCCUUGGUAGGUAUAUUGAGGUGAUCUCCAAGUCCUUCCCUGAUUCUAGCGAUGUUUCUGCUGGCCUGUGGAAGUUUGCAAAGCAACAUGAUCGUCGUGCAUACCAGCUCAUUCGAUUCGCCGUCGGUGCCGAGAACGACUAUCGUACAGUCACCAAAGCGAUCAAAGAGCUCACCAAACGAAUCCGAGAAGGGCCAACAAGUGCUCAAUUUUUGAUGGAUACAAUUCAGCCCAUCCUCUACCGAUGUGCCUUGAUCACCUAUAACCGCAGCCAUGUCCCAACGAUCAUGCAAGUCUCGAGGACAGAUGAAGCGGGCCUCGGAGAAGUUGCACAAGAGGUCCUGAAGGAAAUUUCCGCUCGACACCCAGAAGUGCUCAAAUUUCACAUCCAAGCCCUUUGCAAGGAGCUCGAGGAAAGUGCUCCUACUUCCACCAAGGCUGAGGAGACGGGGGCGGCAGAUACAUUGAAAGCUUGUGCAGCGUUCGCUCGCAGAUAUCCCAGUGAAGUACCGAAAGACCGCAAAUUCCUGACAGCGUUGACGCAUUUUGCGCUCUUUUCGCAAUCACCACGGGCAGCAAAACACGCUGUGUCUAUCAUUAUCAUGGUUGCCGAUAAGAAGGAAAUGUAUGCCAAAGAUCUCCUAGCCAAGGCUCUGAGGGAUUGCACCCUAGCAUCGCCUCACUUCCUAGCCCACCUGGCCACAAUUUCUCAAAUAUCUCUUCUAGUUCCAGCCGCCUCGAAUGAGCACAGACGCGCUUUGCAGCAGCUAACAGUCGGAGAUAUCUUACGCAAAAACCACUCACCUAGCUCCGAGGAUGAUCCAAAUGCCUGGACCAACAGCCCUGACGACGAGACCAAAGCCAAAGAACUGGCACUUAAGAUUCUUGUCAACCAAUGUCGGUCGCAUGAAGAGAAGUCUUCCGAACUCGAAGAGGCUGCCGAAGUAGCUAUCAAGUUGCUCAUGUCCAUCGUCCAGAAUGAAGGCGAGAUCACGCCGUCUAAAGACACACCUCCUGCUCAGAAGAAUUGCUUGCGACUUAUCGCUGUCCAUUUUAUCUUGAAGCUUUGCAGUCACCAACGGAGAUGCGAAGACCUCGUCAAGCCGACCAUGUUCAUCAAUAUCCUUAUGAUCAUGAUCAACCCUCCCAAUCCCGUCCGAGUAGGAUUUGUCACUUAUCUCAAGAAGUAUCUUGGUCAAAAUCGGCUUGCCCACCGAUGGUUCACUGCCAUGUUUCUUCUGGCUUUCGAGCCCGACAUUGAGCUUCGAACUUCGACAAUGACCUGGAUGAAAGCACGAGUCCAAUAUUUUGCCAAGCAGCAGGUUCAGAAAUCGAGUGACAGAAAAGUACCUCAAAAUGUCAUGGAAUCAAUCUUUGCGCGCUUGCUCAGCUUACUGGCUCAUCACCCUGACUAUCCAACCGCGGAGAGUGUGGAUUUUGACGGCGAAUUACUGGAUUUCUCCAAGUACAUCGUGUUCUAUCUCUGUACUGUUGCCACCGAGGAUAAUUUGUCUUUGAUAUUCCACAUUGCUCAGCGUGUCAAAGGUGCCAAGGACGGUAUAACCGGCGCGGAUGCGGCGUCGGAGCGUAUAUAUGUUCUUUCUGAUCUUUCACAAGCUGUCAUCCGGAACUACGCCGAUCUCAUGCCUGCCCACGCGAAAGGCGUGAAUCUGCUCCAGACGUGGCCUGGUAAUGUCACAUUGCCUCGCUCACUAUUCAAAGCUCUUCCAAGCCACGAAGCUGCGCAGGAGAUUGCAGAGAGGAAUUAUCUUCCUGAGGAUGUCGCUGGAGGGUUGGAGAAGCUCGUGCGAUCAUAUAUUCGUUCCUUGAAGGCCGCAGGAAAGGAUGCCAAAAAGCCGGCGGUGAACAAGAAACGGAAGAGCGAAGCGCUCCGCCUUGACGUGAAUGAGGAUGGUGAGGAAGGUCAAAUGCCUAAGAAGCCGAAGAAGUCUACGCUACCGCUCAGGAAAACACCCAAACCAAAGAAAAGGGCUAGCGAAACAUCUAGUCCAGAACAACCUUCGCGCAAAAGUUCUCGACGCUCAACUGCCAUUUCAUAUGCUGAGGCAGACAGCGAUGCUGAUGAUGCCGAGAUGGCAGAAGUAGAGGUUCUUGCGAGCAGUCCGGCGUCAAGGAGGAGGAAGAAGACUCCACGAAAAGAAGAAUCAGAAAAUGACGACGACGGAGAGUCCGACGAUGAGAAGGAAGCGGAAGAAGAUGUUUCUAAUGCGGAAGAGAUGCAAGCAGAAGAAACGAAUUUACAGGUGCAUGAGGAUGAAGAAUCCGACAUGGCAGGAGCCAAUAUCGAAUCUUCACCUCUAUUGAAAGAAAAUAACAACACUGGAUCUGUGAGAAAGGGCCGGAGUGGAAAGAAGAGCAUGCCUCCUUCAGCUCCGGCUGUCAAAGGAGAGAAAAAUGAACAGCUGGCCCGAUCGACAAGGUCGACCCGAAGCUCGAGGGGAUAAAGUCUGACAAGGAUGUGCUCCUGUCAAAUCUGCGAUGAACUCAUGCCGAAUGUAGCUGAAGAAUUUUGUAUGAUCAUGAAAAAGCC